AUGCAAUCGUCUUCAUCAAAUGGAAAUAUUGAUUCUCAAACUAAAAUUCCUUUAACUACAAGUGGAUCAUCAAUAGAAUCAGCACGUGAAAUUAGUUCACAAAUUUUAUCAGACAAAGAAGCUGAUAAUUUAUUGAUGAAAUUAUUCAAUUGUAUUACGAUAGAUUCGAGAGAUCGGAAAGUGGUAAAUGAUGUGCUCAAAGAUAUUGGCAUUAUUGAACGGAUGAUUGCACGUUCUAAAGAAAUAUUGCAAAAAGAAUGUACCCUCUUGGAAAUUACCGUACCGGUCAAUAUUUGCGGUGACAUUCAUGGACAGUAUGUGGAUCUUUUGCGAAUUUUUCAACAGUGUGGUCGACCACCCUAUGAGCGAUAUCUUUUCAUGGGUGAUUAUGUUGAUCGUGGUCCAAAUAGUUUGGAAGUAAUAUGCUUAUUAUUACUUUUAAAAAUUCGCUUUCCGGCAAAAAUUUUCCUCUUACGAGGAAAUCAUGAAUGCUCAUUCAUAAAUCAAGCUUAUGGUUUUCGGGAUGAAUUAGAAGAACGAUUUCGAAAUGGUGGUUUAUUAUGGAUCAAAUUUCAGGAGUUAUUCAAUUGGUUACCAUUUGCUGCACGUAUUAGCAAACGUAUACUUUGUAUGCAUGGUGGUUUAUCACCAAAAAUGACAAAUCUUGAUGCUUUACGACAUUUAAAAAGGCCAGUGGAUCCAAUUGGUGAUAGCAUAGAAGUUGAUUUGUUAUGGUCUGACCCAGAUAAAAAAAUGUCAAAUGGGCCAAAUGAUCCAAAUUUUGGACCAUCAUUAAGAGGCAUUUCGCAUCACUUUAAUCAAAGUGCCGUAUUAGCAAUAUGUCAACAGUGUAAAUUAGACUUUAUUGUACGUGCACAUCAGGUUGUACAGGACGGCUAUGAAUUUUUUGCUGGUCGCCAUUUGAUUACAAUUUUCUCGGCUCCAAAUUACUGCGGUAAAUUCAACAAUAGCGGUGCCGUCUUAGCAGUUGAUGAAGAAUUACGAUGUUCAUUCGUUACAUUAACACCAAGCAAAUAUCGGUUAAAAGUACGAUUAAGUAAGCAAGAUGAAGUGGAUAUUGAUGAUGCGAUAAAUGAAGAAGAUGAUAAAAUGUAA